AUGAAACAAGCUCGACUAAAGCCAAAGCAAGGCUCAAUAAGAAAUCCAAAAUCCUCAGUGAACAAAGAGGUUCCGCUUGUUCACAAAGUAGACUUUCAAACGUCCCAACCAAUUAAAAAACACUGCCCUCAGUCAGCGAGAUCAGAUUUUCAAAAUCCUUUAUCAAUGCAAAAAUUCCCUAAAAAGGCUGAUAAUAGCUUAGGGCCACCAAAUAGAAUUCACGACCAAGAAGUUAUCCAAAGCAAUCCUUGUUUUGGAGAGGCUUCUCAAGAUGGAAAAGAAUUUGUAGAGUCAAGCCCAUAUUCGUCUGAUGCAAGCCAAAAAUCUUCAGAAAAUUCAGAAGCUGGCCUUAAAAUGGCAGCUUUCCCUGAGAUAAUAGAAGAAAUCUCAGAAAUUGUUGAAAACAAUGCUAAGCCUCAAAAACUUGUAGAGAGAAAAAAUAAAUCGCCAGUAGCCAAAAAUGCAGCGUUCAAGCCUUUAAAUUUGCAAAAAGACUCCAAAGAUAAAGAAAAGGAUUCAAAUUAUGAAGAGAUCCACCAAAAAGAAGCUGAAAUUAAAGUAGAAAAUUCAAAAUUUUCGGAAUUAAGCUCAAAAACUCUUCAGCUCGUAAAGAAAGAUUCAAAAAAUCCUGAUAAAUACCAACAAUCCCUUCAAAUUAGAAGCCAGCAUCAAAAAAUUCUAGAUUACGUGGAUCCGUCAAAAAUUCCAGAUAAAAUCGAUAGCAUCCCUAUGACUGAGUCAGUAGAAGUUGACAACAUUGAAGAUCUCUCCAAACCUCAAAUCAUAAUUUCUAUCAAACCUUUAAAUUUUGAGAUGAACUCAGAAAAAUACCCAGAAACUGUAACCCCUUACUGAAUUCCGAUAGAUGAAAUGAAACAAAUAUCGAUCUAUAGCAAAAGUUUUCAGAGGAAUGUUGAAGAACUUAAAAACAGAGGAUUUAUUGGCUGAAAAAGAAGCAGGGGAGAUGGAAAUUGCUACUAUCGAGCAAUUAUGAAUAAUUAUGUUCGGCUGAUUUUUGAAGUUCAUAGGAGUGUUCACUUUGCAACUAGGUUUCUCACGCUAUACUCUUGAUGAUAGCCGAAAAACAGUGCCUUGGAGGCUUGGCAUGCUAUGCAAAAAUAGUUCUUGCUGUUUUAAAAAUACCAUCAAUUCUUUUAUGAUUCCUAGUUUUUAUAUAAAAAUCGGUUGUUAUCCUGACCAGAUUUGACAAACUUGGUUAGACAAAUUACCGAAAUUAUACAAUAAAAAAACGUAAAUGAAGAAAUUAGAGAUUCUUAAAAUAUUUAAUAGCUUUUUUAUGACAUAAAUGCUGUCUUAGCAUGGCAUACCAAAUUCUCCACAGGAUUGUUUUUUGACUGUCUUAAAGUGUAUAAUUGAAAAUAUCACUAUAGACCGACCUGGUUUCAGUGAAAGAAAAAAAAUAUUUAUCAAUAUUAUUGAUUAUUUGAGGAGAAUCAAAGCGCUUAACCCUAUUCAAGCUUUUGUUGAAUUUAAUAAGUUUACUCAAGAUCAAGAAAUUAGGGCAUUUAUAUAUUAUCAUCAAGCUAAAAAAUCCAUUAAAAGCGUUAUUAUUCUAGCUAUUAUAAAAAAAAUAACCCUUUUUAUAUUAAAAACGAAAAAGCAAAAUUAUAUAUUCAGAUAGUCUUAUAUCUUUAAAAAAAAGUAUUUUUUCCUCACCCAAUCAAGAAUUCGAUAAGCUGAACUUUGAAAUAGGCAGAGCAAUAGCAGCCCAAACCUUAAUUGACAAAAAAGACGACCCGCUUUACCAACCUUUUAUAUUUGAGGAUCUCGAUUUUCUUAUUGAAGAAAUUUUAAAGCACGGAGAAGAAGCAGGAGAUCUAGCACUAAUGAUGCUACCAUUAGGCUUAAAUAUACAAAUACAAAUAUUUAGCUUUUUUGACAGAGAAUUAGCUCUCACAAAAUAUCCUGAAGAAUUUAAGGAGACAGCAGAAAGCCUUCCCCCAAUUUGUGUAGUAAGAAGAAGCGGGCAUUAUGAUAUUUUAUGUUCAAACAAGGAACUGGACGGCAAUAUGUAUGAUUUUAAUACAGGCUGUUAUAGCUUUAUUAUUGAAAAUAAUAAGAAACUGCAGGCGGUAUAA